UUCUCAUCUCUGUUUCUCUCUCCCUAGACUCUCUCUGCAGCACUUUCUCUUCUCUCUCAAAACAGAGAGGGAAGAAGAAUGUAUCAGUUAAUCUCAACGUCAUUAAACAACGGAAUUUUAAAUCUUCCCGCCAUUUCCUUGACAACCAGAACUAAACGCAUCAAAAAUGAGAUCAAAUUGUGGAAAAGAAAGCUAAUUAUAAGAAAAAAAGUAUUAUUAGUAAGUUCAAAUGAUUCACCAAUUGUUGAAGAAACAACAGAUGAAGUAUCCAAGGAAGAAGAUAUCAACAAAUCUGUUCGGUCGACAUCUUCGUCAAUUGAUAAAGACCUCAAAAAGGCUGUUCAGAAGACUGCUGCAACAUUUGCACCUAGGGCUUCUACUGCAAGUAAAAAUCCUGCAGUGCCUGGAAGCACUUUGUACACCGUCUUUGAAGUUCAAGCUUACGUCUCGAUGUUGUUAGGUGGGCUACUUUCGUUCAAUGUUGUAUUUCCAUCCAAUGAACCUGACUUAUGGAGACUCAUGGGAAUGUGGUCAAUUUGGAUGUUCACAAUUCCAUCACUUCGUGCCCGUGACUGCUCAAAGAAUGAGAAGGAAGCUUUGAACUAUCUCUUCAUACUUGUUCCUUUACUAAAUGUUUUGAUUCCAUUCUUUGUGAAAUCCUUCUCAACCGUUUGGGCGGCAGAUACAAUUGCAUUCUUUGGGAUGUAUGCAUGGAAGAUGGGGUGGCUUCAAAAGACGGAGUAAAAUGCUUGCUUCUAGAUACUAGGGCCAACUCUCAGCAGAGCUCUGAUCAAUAUCCGAUCAGACUUAUACAUUCAGAAUACACACCAUCAGGGUUACAGACACCAUUUGAGUUACUUGGGCAGAUGAAAGAGGAGAACGGGGUAUUGAAUGGAGACAAAUAUACACCAACGUGCUUUUCCACCAGAGACAUUCACUUAGUUUUUUCUUUCUGUUUUCUGCAUGAAACUGCGACAUACAAUUGUUCUCGAGCUACAACUUUACAAUCCCUGUACAUGGCAACUUCAAAGUUGAUCUUUUAUGGCCAGUCAUUGAAAAUUCUAAUAGAGUCUAAUAUUGUAAUGUAAUGUUAACCGUUGUUUAUUACAAACGAAAGAGA